CAGAUGGUAGCACUUUUGCAAUAUGAGCUUCCGGUUCAUAAAAAUAAAUACAUAUGUUUCAAAAUUACUUGGAAAACUCGUAGUAGAUAAAGCCAGAAGUAAAAUAAAAGGAUAUUUUAUUUAUAACAUACAUAAGGGCUCAAUAAUUUUAUUUAAUUAUUUGCACUAUUAUUAAAUUUUUUUGAACUAAAUAAAAAAUUUUUGACUAAUUUAUUAACUGUACAAUUUACAAAGAUUAAAGAAUUUUUUAAGUAAAGUAGAUAUAAAAUGUCUGCGGUAGUGCGUGUUAAACGUCGUAUCAAUGAAGAGCCACUUACAGCAUUUGUAUUAAAUUGCAAAAAGAGAAAAAUAGAAAAUGGUGAAGAAAUAAAUGUAGGGAAUGUAUAUGAAUUGAAAGAAGAGGUAUCUACUGUACUGAAAUUUGCAGGAACCGUAGAAUGUCAAGAUGAACCAGUUACUUCACAAAUUAAUCGCAUAACUAAAGAUGAUGCCAAAAUACUAACAUCGAAACAAAGAAAGCCCUUAAAUCAAACAGAGAAAAUGAGACAAGAAAUGAAAGAUCAUAUGCAUGAAAGCCGCUUCAAAAUUGUUAACUGCUACCGUGCUGUCAAAGAUUCUAGUGACGGAAACGGCGAACAAGGAGAAAUCACUGUGGUCGAUAUUGAAAAAGAUAUGGUUCCUCAUAAUGAUAGAGAUAAAAUCAAGACUGAUUACAAUGAACAAGCACCUUCUACAUCGUUCCAUCGUAGUUCUAUAGCUGCCGAUAAUUCAAAUUCAUUAACAAAUUUUAACUCUGAAAAUGAACUGCCAGAUAAUUAUGUGUAUGAUUUAUAUCUACCAGAAAAUGAUGAGCAACCUGCACAUUUUGACCAUAUGGAUAAUUAUAAUAUAAGUGUUGGCUUUAUUGAUAAUUUAGUAUAUGAGGAGACUUUUCGUGAUAUCACAGAAAACUCUGAUUCAGACGACUCAAACUGUGAAGAUUACUACAAAAAUGAUUAUCCGGAUUCUGAACACGACUCUCUUGGCAGUUCCAUAGAUGAAGAAAAUAUGAGGAAAGCUGUAGCACGUUGCAAUAUUAAUGAUGAGUAUAGCUUAUCAAGCGACGAUGAAGAAUGCAAAAAUGGUUUCGUCUACUCAAUCGAUUCUGAAGGAAUAGGUUUUGAAGAUGAUUUAGAUUACUGUGAUGUUAAUAGAUAUGGAGAAGCUUAUGCAAGAUAUAAAGCAAGAAUUUUAAAAAAAAAUAAAAGUCACGAUUAUGAUAGCGAUUUAAGUGAUAGUAAUUAUACUUCUGAAUAAGAUUACGAAUAAAUUAAAGCUUCAGAAGCAUAAAAAAUACCACUUACUUUCUGAUAACAAAACUACUUUGACAGAAUAAAUUGAAGGAAUGUCACCAAAGCACUUUCUAAAUUUUAUAUUCUACAGGAAAAUAUAAUAUGGCGAAUAUAUAAAUAUAUACGUACAGGCAUAU